AGGUCAGUCUUUGCUGAUAUUUGACCACUAACAGGUGAAAUACAUUUCGUUGUAAAGAAAAAGUCUAAAGGUUAAUACUGUAUGUGAAAACACACCGCAUCGUCACUUUUAAACUCAGGGGUUAAACUCACCUGCGCACCGCUAAUUACUACUUACCAUGUGCACGUGCGCGGCUCAGCAUAAUUAGUCAGAUCUCGUGCAGCUGUGAGCGUGGCCGGCGGUAGGAUUUGCUAAUUGUAGGCUAUCAUACACAUGUAAGCAUUCACAUUGUCAAGUAAAUAUGUGGACCUCCAUUAUUUCCAUAGGUAUAUGACAGCAUAUAAGUAAAAUUAAGGGACACAAAUGCUUGAAAAAGUGUUUUGUUUUGGGGUCCCCUUUUUAUUUAUUCGUGCGUUCGUUUAUGAUGGUUGUGAAGGAAAUAUGAAGGGGGCAUUAGCCUUCUGUGUCAUUGUGUUUCUCGCAUCACUCUGGAAUCGUUGACAGCAUGUCGGAGGAAGAAAGGAGACACGCGGAGGCUGUUUUCACUCAGCUACAACACGGACAAAUGUAUGGCGACACAGGUUCCUCUGGGCCUGAUGAUUUUUUUGAGGAGGACUCCUACUCUCCAACCUCCCUCUCUUCGUCCUCCUCUGCCUCAUUCCCAACUGUGACCUCCCUGCAGGGGAAGAUCCUGUGCACCUCCUGCGGCCUAGAGAUAGUGGACAGAUACCUCCUCAAGGUGAACAACUUGUGCUGGCAUGUGCGCUGCCUCUCCUGCAGUGUAUGUAACACGUCUCUGGGGCGACACGUGAGCUGCUUCAUCAAAGAUGAACAAGUUUAUUGCAAACUUGAUUACUUCAGGAGGUACGGGACCCGCUGUGCUCGCUGUGGCCGUAACAUCCACUCCAGUGACUGGGUGCGUCGGGCGCGAGGCAGCACCUUCCACCUGGCCUGCUUCUCCUGCACCUCCUGCAAGCGCCAGCUCUCCACUGGGGAGGAGUGUGGACUGAUGGAGAACAGGGUCUUCUGCCGGCCACACUACGACAUCAUGAUGGCGAACAUCCAACGUGCUAAGGAAAAUGAGCAACCCCAGGUGGAUGAAGAGCUGUCAGAGAAAGACGAGUCCAGCGCCAUGCCCAGAACGGCUAAGAGGGCCCGGACCAGCUUCACCGUGGACCAGUUACAGGUAAUGCAAACUCAGUUUGCUAAAGAUAACAACCCAGAUGCCCAGACUCUCCAGAUAAUGGCAGAAAGGACUGGUCUUAAGCGCAGGGUUAUUCAGGUUUGGUUUCAGAACUGUCGAGCUCGUCAAAAGAAAUACAUCAGCCCACAUUCCUCCUCCACCUUGAUGGCGUCCUUUGCUCCUCAUCAGCUGACGCCAGCUUUGAUGGACGAUCUGCAAUACACAGCCUAUAUUUCCCAGGAUGCACCCCUCCUCACUUCACUGACCUAUAUGGAUGUUCAAAAUCCAGACCCACUUCUGCUCCAGCCUCUCAUAUGUCAUUCGCUGACACAGCUGCCAGUCAGCCAUGCCUGAGCUACAGCCCGCCUCUCAGAAACUGGAGAAGAACUGAUUGGCUGAUGGGAAAAUGAAGAGCAAAUUGUUACUUUCAUAAAAAAAAGUAGGAUUGAAAGACUUUGUUUCACAAACUGUCCAAAGAAACAUUUAUUAAGUUAAUCAAUUUAAGUUUCACUGCCGUAUGUGUGAGCAAAAAUAACCGGUUAUGUCAAUGAAUUAAUUUAAUUUAAUCACACAGAAAUUCCCAGAAGAGCUUUGACCAUUGAAGAUGUUAAUUAAAAUAUGGUAAUAAGUGAGAUGAAACCUUUGUUAAUAUGUAUAUGCUGUUUGUUUCCUUGUAUUUAAUUUAUUUGCGAAAAAUUGUAAGAUAAGGCACUUUGUUGUAAGAAGAUAUAAAUCUAAGUAAAUAUUUGGUUUUCAGUUAGAUGGUUAUUUAAGGAUGUGUUUGAUGAUAAUAAGAUUAUUUGUUGGCCACGUACAAGAGUGAGCGGGUGUUCCUUAAGACUUUAGAAAAGCUCUCUGCGCUCUACUUGGAGUUGUCAAACUGUUAUUCUCAAAACAUCCACAUGUUUUAUUUUGGAUAAACAACUUUUCUUAAGAUGAUUGUCAGUAGAACAUGUGGUAAGCACAGCUAACAGAAGAAUACAAUGUGUAAAUAUUUCCUUAGAUUGGGAAUGUUAGACAGAAGCCAUGCAGGAACUGCACACUGGGAAUAGAUGCUUUCACAUUUGAUGUUUAAGAUGCUCUAAAUUAAAGGUCAUGGCUGCAACAAAAGGCUUUGUUCAUUUGUUGUUCAUAUUUUAUUUACUUUCUUGAAUGAAUUGUCAUUUCUCAUCAUUGUCAAGUUCAAGAGUUAAGGUACAGUAACUGCUGCACAUGUUGCAUCUCAUUGUCUGUCAAUGAACAAUUCAGUGUACUGCUUGGGUAGGUAUAGAUGGAUAGACUUCAGUCUGGUGUAAGGGGCCUGACAUGGUUCAUGACAUACAGAAGUGGUAUAUCUUGUUUAAGGUGUUUUCAGAUGUUUGGGAGAAUAACCUUCAUUAAAAAGAUCAUUAUUGUUCUCUCAUGUUAAAAGUGCACGCUGUUAAACUAAUUCAUGUUCACUGGGGACAUUUCAUCUUGUGUUCCAAGGUUUGUCCCAACAACCCUACAGGAUAGCAGAUACUCCUGCUAUCAGGUUUUCAACAACCAAUCAUAUCCCGGGUUCAGAGGAGAGGGAGAGCAGAGGGGUAAGGAGAGACCUGUGGGCCCUCUGCGUGUUUAUA